AGUUUAAGAGAUAACAAGAGCAAUUUCAAAAACAAAACCACCGAAAAUAUUCAAGUUCUCGCGAGCGACCGGCUGCAGGGAGGGAUAGCUGCGCAGUGCGCACCGGAAAGCGGAAACGCUCAUUUUGCUGUGUGCUGUCGGAAGACACGCAUUCGACAAAGGAACAGGGAAUGCUUGUUUAAAGAAGACCAAGGACGGACUCUCUGGAUACAGUAAAUGUUACUGUAACGACUUGGCGCGAACAAGGACUUUCCCUAAGAAGUGCAGCAAGCAAUGAUGGAAGGAGAAGCAGCUUACGAGCCCUCAACGGCAGCCCCGACCUACAGCUACGAUGAGGUGUUCCCGGCGUUGCCUGAGUCGGCGCCCGGCCCGCAGACCACGUCCAGCCAGAUGGGCCAGUGGAGCACGACCAACAACAAGAUGCGCGUCGGCUCCUCCGUGGUCACCCAGGUCUUCAGGGUGCCGUACGAAGAGCGCAAAAUGGACAUGAGCGAACGCUUUGGCGAAGGCGACUCCAAGGGAAUCUGCCAAGACAUCAUGGGAGAGACAGGGGCGCACAUCGAGAUUUCCCAGUCCAAGGACCAGUCGCUGACGUUCCUGGUGACCGGCAAGCAGACCGCCGUGCUGGACGCCCGCAGGAAGAUCCUGACGCACUUCCAGACGCAGGCGAGCACGACCAUCUCGAUCCCGAAGGAGUACCACCGCUUCAUCCUCGGCAAAGGCGGCAACAAGCUGAAGGAGCUGGAGAAGAACACGGCCACCAAGAUCUCAAUCCCGCCGACGGCCGACUCAUCCGACAAGAUCGUCAUCACCGGCACCAAGGAGGGCAUCGAGAAGGCCGUGCACGAGAUCCGCGUCACCUCGGACGAGCAGUCCAAGCAGGCCUACGAGCGCCUCGAGGUGCCCAAGAUCUACCACCCCUUCAUCGCUGGGGCGCACAACGAAAAGGUCAAUGCCCUGAUGAGCGAGACUGGCGUCCGCAUCAACAUUCCGCCUCUGUCUGUUCAAAAGGACGAAAUCACCAUCGCCGGCGAGAAGGAAGGCGUUAUGCUCUCUAAGCAGAGAAUCCUCAGCGUCUUCAAUGAAAUGGCAAAGAAAUGCGCAACUGUUUCCGUGGAAGUUAUUAAGUCUCAGCACAAAUACGUCAUUGGACCCAAGGGAAGCUCGAUCGCCGAAAUCCUGCAGGAGACGGGCGUGAGCGUGGAAAUGCCGCCAAGCGACACGCCUAAUGACACCAUCACCCUCAGGGGCCCUCAAGACAAACUCGGACAAGCUCUGAGCAUGGUGUACCUGAAGGCCAACUCUGUGCGCACGACGACCGUGAGCGCUCCAGCCUGGAUCCACAAGUACAUCAUCGGCCGCAAGGGCGCCAACAUCAAGCAGAUCACCCAGGACUUGCCAAAGGUUCACGUUGAGUUCACCGACAUCACGGACAAGGAGGGCAAGAUCAGGAUCGAAGGGCCGCCCGAGGAGGUCGAGACUGCACAAAAGUCGCUCGAGGAUCUGGUGAGGAACUUGAUUGGAACGCUGACGUUUGAGGAAAUCGUGGUCGACCCCAAAUUCUACAAGCACAUCAUUGGCAAGGCGGGAGUGAACAUCAACCGCAUCAAGGAGGAAACAAAUGUGAUCAUCAACAUCUCCGACAAUGACGGAAAGAACAUCAUCCGCAUUGAAGGAAACAAGGAGGGCGUGGCCAAUGCCAAGAGGGAGCUGGAGGAGAUGGUGCACAAGUUGGAGAACGAGAAGGAACGCGACAUCAUCAUCGACAGGCGGUUCUACAAGAGCCUGAUCGGCUCCAAGGGUGAGAGGAUCCGCGAGGUGCGUGAGAAGUUCAACCAGGUGCAGAUCACGAUCCCGGGGCCGGGCGACAAGCGCGACGUGGUCAAGAUCAGGGGCGCCAAGGAGGACGUGGACAAGUGCUACCGGCACAUGCAGAAGCUGGUCAAGGAGCUUGGCGAGAGCAGCCACGUGCUGGAGGUGCCCAUCUACAAACAGUUCCACAAGUACAUCAUCGGCAAGGGCGGCGCAAACAUCCGCAAGAUUCGCGACGAGACGCAGGCCCGAAUCGACCUGCCAGGCGAGGGCGAGAAGAGCGACGUCAUCACCAUCACUGGCAAGAAGGAGAGCGUCGAAGAGGCCCGAGACAAGAUCCAGAAGAUUCAGAAUGACAUGGUAACCGCCGCGUCUCUCAGCUUCCCAUUCGAACAGGCUAACAUUGUGAGCGAGGACAUCACCAUCCCGCCAAAGCACUACAACUCCCUGAUCGGUGCCGGUGGCAAGCUCAUCCACGCCAUCAUGGACGAGUGCGGUGGCGUGACCAUCAAGUUCCCUCCGACCGACAGCAACAGCGAUAAGGUGACCAUCCGCGGGCCUAAGGACGAUGUCGAGAAAGCGAAGCAGCAGCUGCUCGAGCUGGUGACCGAGCGCCAACUCUCGGGCUUCACGGCUGAGGUGCGCGCCAAAGCGCAGCACCACAAAUUCCUCAUUGGCCGCAACGGCGUCAACAUCAAGAAGAUCCGAGACUCGACUGGUGCUCGCAUUAUCUUCCCCACGGACAAGGACGAGGACAAAGAGGUCAUAACCAUCGUUGGCAAGAAAGAUUCCGUUGAGAAAGCAAAGGCUGAACUGGAGGCUACCAUAAAAGAGAUUGACAACAUCGUGGAAAGCGACAUGUGCGUGGACCCGAAGCACCACCGGCACUUCGUGGCGCGGAGAGGCGAGGUGCUGCACCAGAUCGCGGACCAGUACGGCGGCGUGAUGAUCUCGUUCCCGCGCGCCGGCAUCACCUCUGACAAAGUGGUGCUCAAGGGCUCGAAGGACUGCGUCGAGGGCGCCAAGCAGCGCAUCAAGGAGAUCGUGCACGACCUCGAGUCGAUGAUCGCGAUCGAAUGCAUCAUUCCACAGAAGCACCACCGCACCGUGAUGGGCGCCAAGGGCUUCAAGGUGCAAGGCAUCACCCAAGAGUUUGACGUGCAGAUCAAGUUCCCAGAGCGCGAGAAUUUCAACAACGGCGAGCAGGAGGAGCACGUGAACGGCGACGGCGCGAACAGACCGUGCGACACGAUCCGCAUCACGGGCAAACAGGAGAACUGCGCCAAGGCGAAGCAGGCGCUGCUCGACCUCGUGCCUGUGACCAUUGAGGUCAACGUGCCCUACGAGUACCACCGCUCGAUCAUCGGGCAGAAGGGUCGCGACGUCCGCGAGAUGAUGGAGAAGUACGACGUGCACAUUGUGCUGUCCCCCGCUGACCAGAAGCUGGACGUGAUUAAGAUCACGGGCGCACCCAGCGCCGCCGCCAGCGCCAAGGAGGCCGUCGAGGAGCGCUGCAAGCAGCUCGAGGAGGACCGCGCCGACCGCCAGUUGCGCUCCUUCGAGCUCAAGCUUGAGGUCGACCCAGACUUCCACCCUAAGAUCAUUGGCAAGCGCGGCGCUGUCAUCACCAAGAUCCGGCAGGACCACGACGUCCAGAUCAACUUCCCGAAGAAGGGGGACCCAGAGGAGCAUAUCAUCACCAUCACCGGCUAUGAGAAAAACACGGAAGCUGCUAAGGAAGAUAUCAUGAGGAUUGUGAACGAACUGAACAAGAUGGUCAAGGAGCAAGUGUCGAUCGACCACAGGGUGCACGCUCGGCUGAUCGGCCAGCGCGGACGGGCCAUUCACAAAGUUAUGGAGCUGUACAAUGUAGAUAUCAAGUUCCCGCGCAGUACCGACCCCGACCCGAGCCUCGUCUCCAUCAUUGGUGCUGAAGAGAACGUGGCAGAGGCCAAGGAGUCCCUCCUGAACCAGGCCGAGGAAUACAUGCAGGAUGUGAACGAGCAGCUGGAACUGGAGCAGUACACGCGGCCGUCGACGCGCUCGGACAAGGAGGGCGGCGCUGGGGCUAACCCCGGGGAGACAGGGUUCGUGGUGAAGGGCGCGCCGUGGGAGCAGUCGACGCCCAACACGUCGAGCAUCGAGGACUUCCCGUCGUUCGGUGGCGACAACUCUGGUACUGCGGCGCCGGCGGCGCCCAGCACCAGCGGCCCCUGGGGCCCCCGCCGCUAGACCCCACUCUCUGCUUAGCCUUUAGCCACCGCGUUCAAGCUCAUCUAGCUCAAUAACCACGCUGCGAGACUCUUCAAACAACACACACACACACAUGCAAAGAUUAAAAUAUUGAUAAGAAAAAUUCGGUACGACAAAGAAACAAACAAACGCGCGGUUUCCAACGAUUUUUGGUUCUGUUGAAACGGGUGGAGAGAGAGAGAGAUAUUGAGAGAAAAAAUAUCGGUUUAUUUCAGCUAUUUUAUCCUCCGUAGUUUUAAUACAUACUUGCGUUAUAAUUUUUGUACAGCACUCGCAAACAUUUUAACGUACUUGUUUAGUGAUGAUGAUGUAAGCGACUAAAGCCCUGAGACCACGCGAGCGAAGCAGUUGAUUAUUCCUUCCUCACUGGCUCGCUGCAAAGCAAACCGACCCAGGCCUGCCUUUCUGGACUUUGAUUGACGGAUAAUGUUUGGACGUUGACACGAGUCUUCCUGUAAUGCUGUUCGAAAAGUCACGCGCGCGCCUAUUCGAUCGGUGUAACUCGUUUCUUAUAUACACAUUAUUUGGGUCACAAACACACAGACACACACACGCAGUCGUGCUGCAGAUCAUUUGUUAUUCCCUUUUUUACAAGAUUAUUAAGUUGAUGUUUGCUUGUUUUUCGUCUGUAGCGCAUUUUAUGGGAAGAGCCAUUCGAGUGAUGAAUUUAGAAUUACUACAUAACACUAAUUAAAUGUGUAACAACCAGUGAUAAAACGAGAGAGGGGGAGGGAAGUUACGAAAGAAAGAAGACGCAUGCACGUGCACGCACGCACGACCAAUCGAUGAUUAAUUAUUAUUAUUAUGCCCGAGAAAUUGUAAUUAUUGUUCGGUUCUUUUCACACACACACGCGUACACGGAUUAAUUUGCUCGCGCCGAGUCGCGCGCGCGCGGGUGGUGGUGUUAUAUCAUGUAUUUUUGUCUAUUUCAAUGCAAUUAUUCGAUUAUCGUCGCGCCAUAAUCAAGGGCAAUCUUUGGAAAGCGGAACGGAAAGAAAUUAUUACACGUGGAAAACAAAAUAGACUGACGUUUUUAAAAAAAAGAUUAAAUUACCUGCAAAGGUGUAAAAACAAAAAAUGUCCUACUGCUACUUUCUUUCUUUUUUUAAUUAACACAGCGAUUUAAAUACUGUAGUAAAUGUUUUAAUAUUGUUUUACUUAAAUUUUUAUAUAGGGGAGAGUGAUUUCUGUGUUUCUCUGCAAACAACAAAACAAACAAACAAAAAACCGCGGCGGAAAGCAUGCGCGCAUUGUUUUUCCUGUUGGCUACAUCUAUGAUUAUUAUUAUCUUUGAUCAAGUAAAACUGCUGCUGAAACCUGACGACAAAAACAAAUUGAUUGAAUGAAUGAAUGAUACAAGAAUUUAAUUACCAGCUAACGUCCUUUGAGGAAGAAAGAACUCGAUAAGUAAACCCACUCUGGUGCUAUCAAUCGGGCAUAAUGAAGAAGUUGAAAAUCAGGAAUUUACGUACGGCAUACAAAAGACGAACUUGUUUGAAUUUGCCUGGUGUCUUACACGCGCAUUAUUGUGUACUGUUGAUUGAUAUAUUAUGAGACAAAAACUAAAUCUACGCAUAUUACAAUGUAAGAAUAUAAAGGUGGCAAAUCAAAUAAAACUGACAAAUGUUAAA